AAAUUAUUAUAGAUUGCUUAUAUUAGGGCUUAUUGCUAUUACAAAGGGACUCUCUCUAGUCUCUACUUUGAAGGUAAUUUAUUCUCAUUUCUCUUUCCCUCUUACAACAAAGAAACAGCCAUUGCAGUCUUCUGUGAUUCAAAAUCUGAAUGCCUUUCAGCUCGUAAACCCUAAACCCUAAAUUAUUAUUUUUACUAGCCAAUAAUGGAAUCAGAAGAGCAAAAUUCAACAACACCAAUGGCAACAGAAGUAUCAUCAAAUGCUCCAAUUCCGGCAAUCACUCCAGUAGUAACAUCCUUCAUUCCUCCAAUAGCACCGCUCCCAAUGCGACCACCUCAAAACGGAGUAGAAUCAGCAACAACAAUGGACGAUGACUCAGAUUCAGACGAGGAGUACGACGCCACUAUUACUACUACUGCUACUGCUACUGCUAAUGAAUACAUUGAAUCCGAAACGAGCAGACAGCAAAGAGAGCGGCAGCAAAAGGCUCUACAAGACCUCAUGAUGAAAAGACGUGCUGCUGCAUUAGCUGUGCCUACAAAUGACAAGGCAGUCCGCGCGCGUCUCCGAAGACUAGGCGAGCCCAUAACCUUGUUUGGCGAAAGGGAGAUGGAGAGGCGUGAUAGAUUGCGGAUGUUGAUGGCGAAAUUGGACUCUGAGGGUCAGUUAGAGAAGCUGAUGAUUGCUCAUGAGGAGGAUGUAGCUAGUGCUACUGCUGGUGUGAUGGAAGAUGGUGAGGAUGAGGUUUUGGAGUAUCCUUUUUAUACUGAGGGGUCUAAAGAGUUGUUGAAUGCGAGAAUUGAUAUCGCCAAAUAUUCUGUUGUUAAGGCCAGUUUGAGGAUUCAGCGUGCUAGGAGGAAAAGGGAUGAUCCUGAUGAAGAUGUGGAUUCAGAGAUUGAUUGGGUUUUGGAACAGGCUGGAAGCUUUGUUCUUGAUUCUAGUGAAAUUGGUGAUGAUAGGCCACUUUCUGGUUGUUCGUUUUCAAAUGAUGGACAAUUGCUUGCUACUUGUGCUUUAACUGGAGUUGCCAAAAUAUGGAGCAUGCCACAAGUAAGGAAGGUUUCUACCUUGAAGGGACACACAGAGCGUGCAACCGACAUUGUAUUUUCUCCUGUGCACAACAACCAUUUAGCAACAGCCUCUGCUGACCGAACUGCAAAGUUGUGGAACACUGAUGGUCUUGUCCUUGGGACUUUUCAUGGCCAUCUUGAUCGUCUUGCGCGCAUUGCUUUCCAUCCAUCAGGAAAGUACUUGGGAACUACAAGCUUUGACAAGACAUGGAGACUGUGGGAUGUUGAUACAGGUGCCGAGUUGCUUCUUCAAGAAGGUCACAGCCGGAGUGUCUAUGGGUUAGCCUUCCACCAUGAUGGCUCAUUAGCAGGAUCUUGCGGAUUGGAUGCACUUGCACGAGUGUGGGACCUUCGCACUGGAAGAAGUGUUCUUGCCUUGGAAGGCCAUGUCAAGCCGGUACUUGGUAUCAGUUUUUCACCAAAUGGAUAUCAUUUGGCGACUGGGGGUGAAGAUAAUACUUGUCGGAUAUGGGAUUUAAGGAAGAAAAAAUCAUUAUAUAUCAUACCAGCACACUCAAAUCUCAUAUCACAAGUGAAAUUUGAGCCUCAGGAGGGUUACUGCCUGGUCACAGCAUCUUAUGACAUGACUGCAAAGGUCUGGUCCAGCCGAGAUUUUAAGCCUGUCAAGACAUUGUUAGGGCAUGAAUCAAAAGUUACCUCUUUGGAUAUUGGUGCAGAUGGGUGCUAUAUUGCAACAGUCUCUCAUGACCGAACCAUCAAGUUGUGGUGCAGCAGCAGUAAAAAGGAGGUUAUGGAUGUAGAUUAAAUUGCCUUGAACUCCCUGUCAUGAGAAAAGAAAAGAUGUUGGCAGUCCUAAGAAUUAAUCGAUUGAGCAUCAUCUAUCGUCCUCACUUUGCUUUGACUGUGAUACUAAAAAAAUCCUUGUAUUACUAGCCACAGAAGUGAGAGAUGAGUGCUAAUUGCAGCUGUAAAACCCUUGUAUCUGAAAUCUGUAAUGUGCAAUAUUCCUGUCUCGUUCUAUUGAUAAAAGGAGAGGGAAAUGAUAUCACUUGAUUCGAUGAGGAA